AUGUCCAUGGAUAUUUAUCAAAAGUUGUUAGAGGUUCUUGUAUUCCACCGAAAUGAAGGUAUUCCCUUGAAGGUCCCAUUAAACUCGGUUAACGUAGUCCCUCCAAAUCUAUUCUUGGAUUUGAACAAGCGGUCAUUUAACAUUUCUGAUUCAGAUAUUAAUAAUGCAGAAACAUACACCAACCAUUUGAUUGCUGCUGGAGCUCCUGAACCAGAAAUCCAAUAUUCUUUGUAUUAUCAAACCAGAUUGAAACAGCAAGUGGUGCUGUGCACCAGUAGACCAUUGGAAAUGGAUUUACAGGCUGAUGCAAUCUGUAUGUUACUCAAGUUAGCAUUAGAAAGAAAUUCUGAAUUACUAGCCCUUCAGAAGAGAGUGACUGAGCUUGAAACUGAGAUUGCACCUCUCAAGAUUGAAGUAUUGAAUAGUAGGAUUCGUAUGCAUAAUAUCCUUCUUGGAGGCGGGAUAAACGGAAAUGAAUACCAUGUCUUAUACAAUGAGAAGGGUCAACUCCCAAUAGAUGUUGGACUUGUAAACAUCACAUCAGUUAAAGAGAUUGAUGAGAUGGACCCAAAACAACUCGAUAAGUAUCUUGAAUUCAACCGGUACCCAAUUCCUACACUGCUAAACGUGCUGCAUUAA